UCUCUCAACUCUCCCCCCCACCAGUAGUCGCGCAGUGCCAGUGCGCCGAGGAGAGAGAAAGCUGAACUGAAAAACUGCAGACUUAGAGAGAGAAGCUAGAGAGAGAGAGCUUGGCGUCGUGUCCGUGCGCGCGGCGAGGAGAGAGAAAGUUCCCAGAUGCUCUGCGAAUGGGGAAAUCUGAGCAGCGAAAUCUGCAGCGGCGGCCACGUGGCGAGGGCGGCGCGGCCGGCGGCGGUGGCGGCGGGGGCUCGCGGUUCUGCUGCGAGAGAUGUUCGGUGGGGCUCCGCCGCGUCGCGGGGGAGCUCAGCCCGCGGUGCGUCUUCGUCUUGCUCCUAGGCAUCGCCGUCUUCCUGUCGGGGAUCUUCUGGGUGCUCCCGCUGCGGAGCGCGCGAUCCGGUUUCGAUGCGAAGGAUGCGGUGAAGCGCGGCGCCACUGUUCAGGUAUCUUUUCGUUUGGAAAAGCCAGUUUCUGAGAUUGUUAUGUUCAUUGGAAGGUUAGAAUAUGACAUAUACGGUGAAAUUGGGGUUCCAGAUACAAAGGUGGCGGUAUUAUCGGCGCACCAAUCAGGCUCGACUAACUAUACUGAUGUGGUGUUUGGCGUUCUGUCUGACCAACUGAAUGGUCCAAUUAAUCAAGUGUGGCUAAGCGUUCUGAGAUCGUAUUUGAUUGGCCUCUUCCUCCAGCAAUCUAAUCUAACUGUUACAGCCUCCCUUUUUGGGCAACCAUCUGAACUUCAGAUUUUGAAGUUUCCCGGGGGAGUCACUGUGAACCCAUCUGUUUCAAUUUGGCAGAUGCCCCAGAUCCUAUUUAAUUUUACUCUCUACCAGUCUAUAUAUGGUAUACAGGAGAAUUUUGUUGAGUUCAAGGAACAGCUGAAAGAGGGAUUGCAUCUAAGGUCUGAUGAGGAUGUAUAUGUGCAAAUUACGAAUAUGGAGGGUUCAACAGUUGCUCGCUUUGUCACAAUUGAGGCUUCUGUUACUUCUGAUUAUGGGAAACUUCAACCGCAAAGAUUAAAGCAAUUAGCUCAAAUAAUCUCAGGAUCUCCUGAAAAUCUCGGUCUUAAUAAUUCAGUUUUUGGUAAUGUUAAAGGUGUCAGCUUGUCAUCUUAUUUGGAGGGCACCCUUACACCACCUCCAGCUGCAUCGCCCGGCUUUGUGCCAUCAGCUUCCCCGUAUAGCUCGCCUUCUUCAUAUUCCCCAGCUCCCUCACCUCACCCGCAUCCAGUACCACGUUGUCCUAAGUGUGAGAUCUCUGUAUAUUUUGGCUACCUUUUUAUCUCAAGUCCUCGAAGGAUGGGUCCUAUGUCAGGUCACACAACGGAUUGUACAUGUGGUGGGAUCACAGUCGCUCCAGCCGCCUCACCUUUUCAUUCUAGUCCAGCUCAAACUCCGACCUCUCUACCUCCUGCACCAGCUGUGCAUUCACCUUAUAUGUCUCCAACAUCACAACAUUCUCCAUCUUUCUCGCCAGGGCCAACAGUGUCAAUUGCCUCCCCUCCAGUUAAUGAUAAAGGACUUGGAGAAGGCCCUGUAUCCCCUUCUCUUGCGCCACUUCAAUCAUCUUUUGCGGUGCCUCUGUCUCACAUAGAUAUGCGGUUGCUGGUGCUCUUUACAUUUCUGAUUAAUCUGCUGGGCUGGUUGAGUUCAUAAAUCUGCUAAACAUGUGUUCAGAGGAAGAAAGAUGAGGACAAUGUCAACAUGCUAACGUCCAGUUUUGUUCUCCUUCGGGAAGUUGAGAAACCUCUUCUUUUCUUGGGCAAUCCAAUCAAGGUAAAUCGGUCAAAGCCAAAAAAGGUGGCGGGCCACUCAUCUAUUCUGUGUUACAAUGUAACUUUAUUCCCAAAGGGAAGCCCAACUCGAGGGUUAUUUUGUGAAUAGGUGAGAAACAUAGGUUGCAGGUUCCAAAGGGAACUUUAAUCAUGUCAAUGCAAUUGUAAAAAAUAACCCAAGGCUCCUUUUGGGCAUCUGCAAUGCGGGGCAGAAGCUAUUGCCAUAAAAGAAAAGGAAUGGAGUACUAAUAGUGUUAUUUCAUAUGAAAAUGAUGGUGGAAAUAAUGCCAUUGUCAAACUUAUGCACCCUCUUGAAUCUUGUGUGA